AUGGCAAAGACAAGAGGACAAGUUGGUUCUCGUCGGAGUAAACGUAAUCAAGGCUUGGAGGAUGAUGAGGUAGAAGAUGUUACACCUCCUAAGGAUGAUGAAGUACAAGAUGUAACACCUGCUCAGGAUGAUGAAGUAGAAGAUGAUCAGGCUGAGAAGUCAAUGUCUGAAGAAGAUAAAGACGAUGAAGAGGAUGUCAAUGGGAAAGAGGAUGAAGAAGAUGGCGAUGUCAAUGGGAAAGAGAAUGAAGAAGAUGGAGAUCUCAAUGGGAAAGAGAAUGAAGAAGAACCGGCCAAUAUGGAAGAUGAUGGAGUUCUUAAUGAGAAAGGGAACGAAGAGGAAGCUUGCGAAGAAGAAGCUCGCGAUAUGGAAGAAGAUGGCACUGCGCAAGAUGAUGAGAUUCCUAGUACUGAAGGAGUUGAGCUAGCAGGGGAGGAAGUUUCAAAAAAAAAUAAAAGAGGACCUACAAAGUUGCGUAGAGUGGCUGAAAAUCCCAAUGAUAAGAUUAUGGUCACAUUCAAUGACAUUGGUGAGCAUGUUGGACCUGGUUCAGUAACCCUAUCGUCGUUUCUUGGUCCUCUUGUGAGGGAACAUGUUCCGGUUACACUUGCCGAUUGGAGAAAACUUGAUGCAGCGACUAAAGCAACAAUGUGGGAAGAAAUUCAGGGGAGGUUUAACUUGCAAGAAGAGUGGCAGAAAGCUGUUAUUUUCAAGCAGCUGGGAAAUGUGUGGAGGGCUGGGAAGUCAAGGCUGGUGUCACAAGUACGUGUGGCGAAGACUGCAGCUGAGAGAAUAGCUUUAAAACCGAGCAACAUCCCAUCCCUUCAACUGUGGAACACUUGGGUUAAGAGUAAGACUACCAAAUCUUUCACAGAAACGAGUAACAAGUACAGAGCGAUGAGAAGAAAUCAGAUUCCUCACACCACCAGCCGCAAAGGAAUGCUUCGUUUAGCUGAUGAUAUGGUAAAAGAGUAGUCAAACAUCUACAUAUUGUAGAUCAGCUUGUUAGAUUAAAAUGGUAGUGAGAUAUGUUUGUUUUCAUAUA